AUGGAUGCACGAAGGUGUGGAGCGUGCGGUCCCGGCUUUGCCUCGCCUCUGGAUGCGAUGAAAGGUCCCCGGGAGGAGAUUGUGUACGUGCCCUGCAUCUACAGGAACACGGGGAGGAAGAAACCCGACUUUCUGGCCACUGUGGAUGUCAACCCCAAAUCUCCGCACUAUUGCCAGGUCAUCCACCGCCUACCCAUGCCCAACCUGGGGGACGAGCUGCACCACUCGGGGUGGAACACCUGCAGCAGCUGCUUCGGGGAUGCCACCAAGAAGCGGAACCGCCUGAUCCUCCCCAGCUUCAUCUCCUCCCGCAUCUACGUGGUGGAUGUGGGAACCGACCUGCGAGCUCCCAGGCUUUUCAAGGUUGUCAACUCCGAGGACGUCUUCUGGAAGUGCAACCUGGGCUACCCCCACACCUCCCACUGCCUGGGCAGCGGUGAAAUCAUGAUCAGCGCCCUGGGAGACCCGGCCGGCAACGGGAAAGCUGGCUUUAUUCUGCUGGACGGAGAGACCUUCGAAAUCAAGGGGAACUGGGAGAAAGGGGACAAGAUGCCCCCAAUGGGUUAUGACUUCUGGUACCAGCCGCGCCAUAACGUCCUGAUCAGCACUGAAUGGGGAAUCCCAAAGUGCCUGGGAUAUGGGUUUGACCCAAAUGACCUGAAGAAAGACCGCUACGGACGCCGCCUCAACGUGUGGGACUGGACCACUCACACCUACAUGCAGGCCAUCGAUUUGGGCGAGGACGCGGCCCCCCUGGAGAUCCGCUUCCUCCACAACCCCGACGCCGCCGAGGGCUACGUGGGCUGCACCAUCAGCAGUGCCAUCCACCGCUUCUACAAGACCGAGCAAGGAGACUGGGCGGCCGAGAAGGUGAUCCAAGUCCCCAGCAAGAAGGUGGAGGGGUGGCUGCUCCCAGACAUGCCAGGCUUCAUCACCGACAUCCUCAUCUCGCUGGAUGACAGGUUCCUGUACUUCAGCAACUGGCUGCACGGAGACAUCCGCCAGUACGACAUCUCCGACACCCGCAAGCCCAAGCUGGUGGGGCAGGUCUUCGUGGGUGGCAGCAUCACCAAGGGAGGACCCGUGACCGUGUGCAGGGACGAAGAGCUGCAGAGCCAGCCAGACCCAUUUUUCAUCAAGGGGAGGAGGGUGCCGGGGGGACCCCAGAUGAUCCAGCUCAGCUUGGACGGGAAGAGGCUGUACGUCACCACGUCGCUCUACAGCGCCUGGGACAGGCAGUUCUACCCCGACCUCGUCAAGUAA